AUGGCGCACAUGUCUGUCGAGCAUGGCGAAAAUGAGAAGAGUGUGCCUAAAGUCGCCCCAGGCGAAGUAGACGAUGCAGUCAAACAAGCAAUCAAGGCACCGCCGAGGAGACGUGAAAUUGAAUCCGCUAUCGAAUCCACUAGCAAAACACUUAGCUAUUUAUACGCGGCACUUCUUGCAGAUCCGUCAGAGGGGCCGUCGCCGCUUAUUAACAAAGCUAAUCAUCAGACGACGCCCCUGCAGCUGAGUCCGACAAUGCUCGCUUCGGCGACGCCAAACUCGAUGAUCUCUCCGAGCCAGCAGAACACCACUCCAGGUGCUGUUCCUUCCUUCACCUCUGCAAACUCGUUGGAGACCAACCAGACCUCAUCAGAUAGUCAAAACCGCUCCGCCUCAGCCCGAAAGAGACGCCGCUCAGAAGACGAAUCGACUCCAGCCUUUAGACCGGGAGCUUUCGGUCCAAUGGGAAAUUUGCCACUGCCAGGCGCAGCAGCAUCAACACCAAACCCCAGCUUGAAUAUUCUGAACCUUUUACAAAUAAGCAAAAUGUCUAAUGAACUCGAAAAACGCAACGCCCUUAUAGAAACGAUAAAGAGAGCACGUAUGGCGAAUCAUGCAAUGAAAAUCGAGGACCCAGAUGAAGAGAUCGUUGUCGAACCUUCUGAGCCAAGGGAGGAAAAAGAGUCAAAGGGAUCAGAUGAAGACGAGAUUAUUGAGAUACCGACUGAAGAACAACCCGCUCUAUCUCAAGAGCCCAAUUUUGCUCAAACUCUGCAGAAUCGCAUGAACCCUCUGAGCCAACUCUUUCAGCAGCAAAACUUGCCAAAAAAUUCGCUGGCAUUUCCGUCUUCCGACUCGCUCGUCUCUCGAGGGAAAUCAUCGAAUAUGUUUCCCAACUUUGCUCUCCAGAAUAGCUUGCUCAAGUUCCACGAGUCGCAGCAGCGAGACAAGAAGAAAUCCGUCAGUCCUGUCAGUGGCUUAGACCGGAACGCGAAUUCUGGUUUGAGCCUAGUUUCUUACCACGGAGCAAGUAAUGGAAACUCUACGGCGAAUACGGGAACCUCCGGUUCAGCUUUAGUGCCAAAGAAUCCAAUACUCUGUAACAUUUGUGGCUCAAGCUGGAGAACACCGAGCGCGCUGAACAUACAUAUGCGAGUUCAUACUGGCGAAAAGCCGUAUAAGUGUAUGAUCUGUGGAAAGGGACACAAGCAAAAGGGCCAGCUCAAGGUCCAUAUUAACAAGCAUCACCCGGGACAGUGGCCAGCAGUUGGGAAUAUGCUCAAUCAAAUGAUCAAGGAUCCAAAAAAGUGUUCCAUGUGUGGCGAGGUCUUUGUUGAGCCCAAAGAAUUAUCUAAGCACAUCCUGGAGUGUGCGCCGACGGGAUUGUCGAUUCCGCCUGGACAGCCGCGUCCUUCGUGCGACAUCUGCGGGAUCACAUUCUCCUCAACUCUCAACUUUAAGCGACACAUGGACUCCCAUCGCCUCGAUAAGGGUCAAUCCAACGCCCCUUCUGAAGUCAGCGAUGUUUCCGAGUCAAACUCGGAGAGCAAGUCCUCGACUAUUCAAAUUCCUCCAGGAGCUCCCAUUCACUCGCCCGAGUUAAUGCAGAAGCUCAAAACUCAGUAUGAUUUACUUCCGGGAGCUGGCAAGGCGUGGAGAAACCCUUCAGAGAUGUUUUACAAAUCGUCGUCCCAGGCUGCAAAUAUGGCUCCUUCUAUCAUCCCGAGUAUGUUUUCGUCAGCUUCUCUCUUGGGCCAAAGCGCUGCGUCUGUCAUGGAAAGUAGUAGCACUUCUCCUAGAAGCUCUCCUCCUGGGAGCAGCCAAACUAGCCGUAUGUCGCCGACUGCGCCCGUCCAGGAGAACAAUUCAACCAAUUCAAACGGAGUGAAGGAAGCCUCCCAUGUGGCCGCCAGUCUCGCGGCUGCAAGUCUCGCUGCUAGCAAGCGCGUUUCAUCUCCGCUAAUAAACGUAGCUUCGACUCAUGUUUCCCAGUCAGCCUCUCCCUCGCCACAGCAGAUCAGUGGCUUUUCUGUUGCCGAUCAAGCACAGCAGGCGACGGCGAUUGCCACAGAAUAA